AUGAGCAUGAUGUCGCUGUAUGUACUGGCACUGGAGCUCAUGGCAUUCUUUGGUUUUCUGUGCGUCUUGUGCAACAUUCUCUUGCCGGUGCUGGCUUUCCUCCUGCGCUUUUUACUGGUGGAUGUGCCCCGUGAGUGGCGCAAAUUGCUGCUGCAUCGUGCCCAACAGCGCGAGCUACGGCGUCUUCAGCGUCGUGUCGACGUCUUGACUCGCAGGAAACAAGCGGAGGAGCAGGAGUCUCGGCGACGUGCAAGAGCAAGCGCUCAAAAGCGACAGUGGACAGAGGAGACGCCUACAAAAGGGACUGCAGAUGGACGGCUCAAUACCGACCUGGCUCGUACUGAACAAAACAGCCUUAAUGAGAAGAACAGCUCCACGCAGGAGCGAGCGUUUACUCCUGAGCAACAACGCCAUCGACUCAGCAUCCACUCGACGAUCAAGAAAUCAGCUAUUAGUGCACGCUUACGAACGAGGUGA